UUCAGUUUUCCUUCUAAAGUUUAUUAAUUUAUUGUAAAUUGAACCUACAUACUUAAACACGAAGUAGUUCAGAAAUAAACCUUCUAUUUUCUUACAACGUUGGUACUCAUAAAUUUGUAAAAGUUGCAAAAAUCGCAUACCAACAUGGGCAAAGGAAAACGCUAUUUGGGCAAGAAAAGAAAAGGUAAUUUCAAGGGAAAGGUCAAGAAAAACAAAAAACCUCAUAAAGACCAUGAGACCGUCAAUAAGAAAGCUUUGUUCAAUCGAUACAAAGAUAAACAAAAAGUGGAGGAAGAACUAAUAAAGAAGAAGCAAAUGGAGGAACGUUUUUUGAAGCAAAACGUUGCUUACUCCGACAGUGAAUCAGAAGAGGACACCUAUGAGCAGCUGGUUUCUUGUUUUAAGGACCCGAAAAAGUCGAGGAAAGUAAUAGAAAGCGAUGACGAAGAGUCUGACAGUGAUGUGGAUAUGAAUGAGGUUAGGAAAGACGAUGAAGCGACAGGGGCUCAAGAGGAAAACGCAGAUAACAAAAAUCUAGAUAGUCCUAGUGAGGACAUGGAAGAUGAGCAAAUUAUGGUGCCAAAUGAAGAGGAUGCAGAGAAUGAUGUUGACGCGGAAGAUGAUCCAUUCACAAAACAUUUCCAGUAUGACCUGGGAGAUGACCUCCUAGUUUCCCUCACAAACACUCCACCCACGGAAAAGGAAACUACUAAGUCGUGGCCCACAUUGGGAAAGUUAACUGUAACCAUCCCCCAACCAAUUCAAACCUCAAGGAAAACAAAACCAAAAGUAUCACUACUGGAAGAAAAAAUAUAUGCACCUGUAGCUACUGUUCCUAACUUAAUACACCAGGUAGAUUUUAACACCCUCCAUAUAAAGUCCCAAAUUCAGGGAAACAUUGUUCUAGCAAAUAAGAAAAACCUGGUGAAGUGUGAUUUGGAACUGGACGCAAUAUUUACACCUCUACAGAAAGAAUUAUUUUCUGUCAUCAAUAACUACCAAGAUCUAUACUACCCGGAGAGGACAUUUUCCAAUGUGGAGGAGAUCCGCUACACAUACUGUUUGCAUGUAGUAAACCACAUGCUCAAAACUAGAACUAAGAUCAUACACCACAAUGCCAAACUAGCUAAGAAGUCAAAUGCACACUUAUCAGAGGAGUACAGAGAUCAAGGAUUAGUUAGACCUAAGGUAUUAAUAAUGGUUCCAUUCAAGGAUGCAGCAUACAGAGUUGUGAAGACCAUAAUAGAUUUAGUUGUGCCGAAAGAAUCUGGCCAAGUUGUGAAUAAGAACAGGUUUGAAGAGGAUUUCACGGGAGGUGAAUUAAUAAUGCCCAGCAAGAACCCUAAACCUGAGGACUAUGAGCUGCUGUUCAGUGGCAACACAGAUGAUACAUUUAGACUUGGCAUGACAUUAACUAAGAAGACAUUAAAGUUGUACACAGAUUUCUACUCAUCAGACAUAUUGAUAGCGUCUCCUCUGGGUUUACGAAUGAUAGUCGGAGCGGAGGGCGAGGAGGACCGGGACUACGACUUCCUAGCGUCCAUCGAGGUGCUGGUGCUGGACCAGGCGGAUGUGUUCCUCAUGCAGAACUGGGACCACCUGCUACAUGUGCUAGACCACCUCCACCUCCAGCCGCGAAAGACGCACGGCACGGACUUCUCGCGCGUCCGCUCGUGGGCUGUGAAUGGAUGGUCUAAAUAUUAUAGACAAACGCUGCUAUUCUCUUCUGUGUCCCUGCCGGAGCUGCGGUCAGUGUUGAGUCGCAAGUGUCACAACUACGCGGGCCGGGCGGUGGCGGGAGGAGUGCCCGACGCCGGCGCCAUACAGCAUGUGCUGGUGCAGGUGCCGCAGCUGUUCCACAGAUUCAACGCGACCGACCCUCUGCAGGCCGUGGAGGCGCGUUUCGAGUACUUCAUCAAGGAGGUGCUGCCCAAGCAGCGCGACCCGCUGAUGUCGCACACACUCGUCUACGUGCCCAGCUACUUCGACUACGUGCGCCUGCGCAACUACUUCAAGAAGGAGGAUGUCAGCUUCGUGCAGAUAUGCGAGUACUCUAAGGACGCCAAGAUAGCCCGCGCUCGUGACAUGUUCUUCCACACGGAGGCCCACUUUCUGCUGUACUCGGAGCGCGUGCACUUCUUCCGCCGGCUGCGGGUGAAGGGCAUCAGGCACAUCAUCUUCUACCAGCCCCCCACCUACCCGCACUUCUACUCCGAGAUGUGCAAUUUGAUGCAGGAAACCAAUCAAAACAAAUACGGUGGGAGUGAAUGCAACAUGACUGUAAGUAUAUUGUACUGUAAAUAUGACAUGCAGCGUGCGGCCGCCAUCUUAGGUGCGUCGCGGCUCGCCAAGAUGGCCGCCUCUGAUAAGUCCGUGCACAUGUACGUCACGGGUGAUAAAUAAAUAUAUUGUAAAUAU